AAUACAAGUAUAAUAUGUUAAAAUCACUUUAAACGUAUACAAUUAUCAUUCUAGAACUUCACAUGUUCAUUUUACAAACUGGUUAAGGUUAGAACACGUUUAAUUAUUCUGGUUAUCAGUUUAAUUCAUGUAUACUGAUCAAAAUUCACUCAAAUCACUUGAAACAUUCAACACGCGCGGAUGUCGCUUGUUAUUUUACUUGCGACACCAUAUUAAGCAGUUGUUUUCGCUUCAAAAACAAGUUUUUCGUUUAUAUUCAGUGAAUUCCUCAACAAAUCAUCAUGCAAUCUUCACCAAAGUUACUUAAAACACUUCUUAAGUGUUCAAGGCCAUUGCAAAACAACCUUCUAGCACGAAAUUGGAGCACAGCGGUUGGUUCCACGCAUUUGCCUUUAGAUAUUCUCAGCGAGGAUGAAAUUACAAUGAAGGAAACAGUUGCGCGUUUUGCGAAAGAACAAAUCGCACCGAAAGUCAGAGAAAUGGAAGCGAAUGGAACAAUUGACAAUGAUUUACUUAAACAGCUCUUCAUAAACGGAUUAAUGGGAGUAGAGAUCCCGACAGAUUACAAUGGUUCCGGAUGUAAUUUCAUGACGACAAUUCAAGUAAUCGAAGAAAUAAGUAAAGUAGACCCUGCUGUAGCCGUCCUCGUUGAUAUUCAAAACACUUUAGUCAACGCAAUCCUCAUGAAACUCGGAACAGAAGAACAAAAAGCGAAAUACCUCCCGAAACUAGCCACAGAAAUGUGUAGUAGUUUCGCCCUGUCGGAAACAUCCUCCGGUUCGGACGCAUUCUCAUUAAAAACCACCGCGAAAAAAGAUGGCGACCAUUUUAUCUUAAACGGAAGUAAAAUGUGGAUUUCCAACUCGGAUCAUGCCGGAUUAUUCCUUGUAAUGGCGAAUGCCAAUCCAGAAGCAGGAUAUAAAGGCAUUACGACAUUUAUUGUCGAAAGAGACACGCCUGGAUUCAGUGUUGCUAAACCAGAGAAAAAAUUGGGUAUUUGUGCGAGUGGUACGUGCAUGCUGAAUUUUGACAGCGUGAAGAUACACGAAAGUCAAAUUUUGGGACAAUUUGGGCAUGGGUAUAAAUAUGCGGCUGGGUUUCUCAAUGAAGGAAGGGUUGGUAUUGCUGCACAGAUGGUUGGGCUAGCACAGGGUUGUUUUGAUGCUACUGUGCCGUAUACUUUGGAGAGGAAACAAUUUGGACGGGAGAUAUACCAAUUUCAGGGUGUCCAACAUCAAAUCGCCCAAAUAGCGACCCAAAUUGAAGCCGCACGUUUAUUAACCUACAAUGCAGCACGUCUAGUAGAGCAAAAGAAAGAUUUUGUAAAACAAGCAGCGAUGGCCAAAUAUUUCGCAGCUGAAGUCGCCCAAAAUGUCACAAUCAAAUGCAUUGAUUGGAUGGGCGGUGUUGGUUUCACUAAAGAUUUCCCACAAGAAAAAUUCUAUCGUGAUGUUAAAGUGGGUAGUAUCUACGAAGGUACUUACAACAUGCAAUUGAACACGAUUGCAAAAUACAUUCAUAAGUUUUAUAGCAACUUCAGUAAGUAAAUAAACAUAAAAAUAAUUUGGGGGUUAUAA